AUGGCAGCUAGCGCUUAUUCUCUCCAAACUUUCCCUCUUCUCUGCACCCGAACCCCAUAUCCAGACGCGAUGGCCACCCUCCGUUCCUACCACGAUGAAGCUGGCAAAUCUUCAUCGCAAACUGGUCUUACUAAAUCUGUGUGUGAACGGAAAUUUCGUCGUCGCGCUAUCAUUCGCAACCAUAUAUCUGAAAGUGAUGACAUGGAUAACGAAGAAAUUACCUACAACGAAUUCUGUUCACGACUGGGAGGAGCCUAUACUUCUCAAACCUUGACUUUGGAACGGGCCGAAGAAGAUUCUCGUCGAGAUAUGAAAACAUAUUCAUAUGUUCAGAAAUGGCGCAAGGACGUCGACUUCAGAGUAGAAAUUGGACCUCCCGUUUCUCCGCUUAUUGCAACGGAAUUUCCUUCUUCACCUGUGGCCGUCAUCCAUCCAUCCUCUCUAAGAAUGUCAUAG